AAGAAGUCUGCAGGAGACUCUGCCAGUUUGAUUACUCAUCGGAAUCUACAAACUUUCGGCGGCACUAUGCCGCUUUUGCAACAGGACAAUCGUGGUCCCGGCGGUUCCAGAGAGAACCGUCGUUCGUUUACAAAGUUUUUGGGACUGGAUACUUCUCAAUCUACCGAUGCUGUAACUGCACCGAAGCCGUCUAGCGGUCACAGAAACGAAGAGUGGCAUUGGGAUUUGCCGGAUAGCCCAGAGGCGGCUCAAACCCCUGGGUCGUUGGUGCCUUCAAACUGCUUCCCACCUCGUCAUCCUACCGCCUACACUAGUUACAGCGAGCGAGCGAGGCCGGGAAGCUGGGCGGAAUCCGGGCAGGGGAUAACGGACCUUGUUGCUAGCCUAUCUCUAACAAUGCCGUCCGCCAGCUCGGACUUCAUGCCUGGUAGCAGCGAACCUCAACAAACACAAAUAACGCAGUGGUCCCAAACCGUGGAGUCCAAAAAAGAAACUCGUAAAAAAGAAAUCGUGUCGCGCCGAGCAUCGUUUUGUGGCGUAGUGAGUAGCAACAGCGCAAUUAAAGUAUGGACUGGGCAACUGCCUUCCCGUACCAUGGACAGUGGCGUAUAUUCUUCAAAAGUAUUCUUGGGCGGGCUUCCCUGGGACGUAUCGGAGUAUACACUGAUGCAGGCGUUGAAGAGCUUUCAGCCAAUUCGCGUGGAAUGGCCAGGCCGUGGGAACGGAUCUCUACCUGGCAACGGUGAUGACGGCCCACGUGGUUUCGCCUAUGUCACCUUCGAAAACGAACAGAAUGUGCGCGCUUUGUUAUCUGCUGCCAGACGUAACGGUGAUAAGUGGUAUUACCGCAUUUCUACGCGCAAUAUGAAGUCUAAAGAGGUGGAAGUGAUUCCGUGGUCGGUGAAGGACAGUAUUUGCGUUGUGGGGGGUUCCACUCGUCUGGAUCCAUCUCGCACUGUGUUUGUGGGAGCCCUCCAUGGAAUGAUGUCGGCUGAAGCCCUGGCACACAUCAUGAAUUACCUCUUCAAGGGAGUGGUUUAUGCUGGUAUCGACACGGACAAAUAUAAAUACCCGAUCGGUUCCGGUCGCGUAAGCUUCGACAAUACCCACUCGUACGUCAGCGCCAUCUCUGCGGGCUUCGUCGAAAUACGCACUGACAAGUUCACUAAAAAGGUCCAAGUAGAUCCUUACAUUGAGGACGCGAUGUGUUCUAUGUGCAACAUGCAACAAGGUCCUUACUUUUGCCGGAGUCCUUUUUGUUUUAAAUACUUUUGCCGCAAGUGUUGGCCAAUCCGCCAUCCGAUAGCGACUCCGGAGCAUCGAGCUCUGAUGCGAAACUUUAAGACCGACCAGGUGCAACCAGUGUCGAUAUCUGGCAGCACUCUUUGCCAAAACGGCAACAUGGCCAUGUCCAAUAGGAGACAGUCGCUGUGUGACCAGAACAUCAUGUUUGGAGUCUUCAGUAGUGUGGAUUCGACGCCGUCUCCAACAAGUGGCCUAAGUGCGUCCAGUGACCACGCCACGGAGAUCACCGAUUGGUAGCUCCAUCAACUCGCAUCGCACCGGUUCUUCCAGGACAGAGCAGCCGGUUGAGCUGUUCUUGGCUUGUUGGCUCUUGUCCUAUGUUUAACAUCUCGUCCUCCGGUGUUACAAGUUGUCGAUCCGCUAUUAAGUUGGGCGCUUCGCCAGCAUCCGCUUUGAAAUAGUUUUAAGAAUUCGUGCAUUUUGAUUUGCACUUGUUGAUUUUUUCUAGAUAUAUAUUAAUUAUACCAAUCGGGUAAAAUUGUUUUGUACUUUUUGCAAAUUUUAUGGCAAGCCUCGAGGGCUGUUUUAAUACGUUUUAAUGUGCCUAGUGUUAGUGAUUAAGUUUGAAAGCUUGAAAUGUAUAGAGUUUUAACCGAUAGUGAUUUUAUAAUGCUUAAAUGAUUGAUACAUAAACUUUAAUAAAUCGAAUUAUUAUA